AUGGCUCGCGUGCCGGGCAACGAAGACUUCUUCGCGAGACGUUGCGUGUGGGUCAACGGACCGAUCAUAGUUGGGGCGGGGCCGGCGGGGCUGGCGGUGGGGGCCUGCCUGCGGGAGCACAGCGUUCCCUUCGUCAUCCUGGAGCGCGCCGACUGCAUUGCCUCGCUGUGGCAGAACCGCACCUACGACCGCCUCAAGCUCCAUCUCCCCAAGCAGUUCUGCCAGCUUCCCAAAGUCCCCUUUCCCGACGACUUCCCGGAGUACCCCUCCCGGAAGCAAUUCAUCGACUAUCUCGAGUCCUACGCCCGGCGCUUCGACCUCCGCCCCCGCUUCAACGAAUCUGUCGUGUCCGCCAAGUACGACGGCACCUGCGGCCUAUGGCGGGUCCGAACCUCCACCGAGGUGGAGUACAUCUGCCGGUGGCUGGUGGCGGCGACUGGAGAGAACGCCGAGAGCGUUGUUCCCGAGAUGGACGGCAUCCGCGAAUUCAGCGGCGAGGUUAUCCACGCCUGCGACUACAAGUCCGGUGAACCCUACCGCGGGAAGCGGGUCCUCGUCGUCGGCUGCGGCAACUCCGGCAUGGAGGUGUGCCUCGACCUCACCCAUCACGACGCCUUUCCCUUCAUGGUGGUCCGAGACUCGGUGAGAAUCAAAUCUGGUAAACCUUGUAUUAGAAAUUAGGGUCCAAUGACUAAUAUGCAGAUCGAACAGGUGCAUAUUCUUCCCAGAGAGGUCGUGGGGAAGUCAACGUUCGAGAUGGCGGUGACCCUGAUGAAAUGGCUGCCGCUUUGGAUGGUCGACAGGAUCUUGCUGAUGUUGGCAUGGCUGGUUUUGGGCAACCUGGAGAGGUACGGCAUCCGGCGGCCCUCGGAUGGGCCCAUGGAGCUGAAGAACAAGGAAGGAAAGACCCCCGUUCUGGACAUCGGCGCCCUGGGGAAGAUCAGAUCCGGCGACAUCAAGGUCGUCCCCGGUGUCAGGAGGUUCUCCCGGGGCAAGGUCGAUCUUGUCGAUGGUCGAACCAUGGAUGUCGACGCCGUCAUCCUCGCCACCGGCUACCGCAGCAACGUCUCCUCCUGGCUGCAGGUGGGUGCCAUCACCUUCUCUGUCCUCCCUUAACCCUCCUAUCUUGCUUCCUUCUUUGGGAAAGACAGAGGUCAUCUUCUUCCCCGGUCCCUCUCUCUCUCUCCUCUUCCCAAUUCCGCAGCCCUCAUAAAUUGAGCACUUAUAGAAGUUGAGGGGGGGCUUGCACGGGGCGGGAUGUAAUAACAGUCGGCAGGCUAAAAGGAGGCAGCUUGGUUCUGGCAGGACAGCCUAUUAUGGGUUCCUCUCUCUCUCUCUCUCUCUCCAUCCUCCCUCUAGCAGGGAUGUGAGAGUUUGCUCACAUGUGUUUCUUGACAAAGUUAGAGAGAGGGUGAGAGAGAGGGGGAGAGAAAGAGAGACUAGAUGCAGUUGGCGUGGGUCAAAAGCCAAAUGCAAUAGUUUACAGUAAUUUAUUAUUUUGUUCUCUAAUUGAGGAUAGCUGAAGAUGUUGGAGGACUUCGCUAUACAGGACACAGAUUUCUUCGCCAAGGAUGGCUUCCCGAGGCAGCCGUUCCCCAACGGGUGGAAAGGCAAAUCGGGGCUCUACGCAGUAGGGUUCACGAGGCGGGGGCUCUCCGGGGCAUCCGUGGACGCCGUGAGGAUCGCCAACGACAUCAGCCGAGUCUGGAAGGAGGAAACGAAGCAAACGAAACACUUCCCCGGUUGCCACAGGAGAUGA